UGAGAGAGGAGGAAGCACAGACAGAGAGAGAGAGAGAGAGAGAGAGAGAGAGAGAGACGGGAGAAAAGGAGCCGAAAGGAGGAAAAAGUCGGAGGUCAUGGAGGCCGAGGUGGAGGAGGAGGACGGGACGUUCACCAACAUCUCCCUGACGGACGAUCCAGUGGACUCUGGACCUGCAGCCCUGUAUCCCACCCAGGAGAGCGACCUCUUCAUCAUGAACUGCGACAUCGACGGAGACGUGGAGAACCAGGUGGAGAUGGAGGAGAAGACCCGGUUAAUAAACCAGGUCCUGGAGCUGCAGCACACUCUGGAAGACCUGUCGGCCCGAGUGGACGCCGUCAAAGAGGAGAACCUGAAGCUGAAGUCGGAGAACCAGGUCCUGGGUCAGUACAUCGAGAACCUCAUGUCGGCCUCCAGCGUCUUCCAGACCACCGACACCAAGAGCAAGAGGAAGUGAUCCGGGGAGGAGGAGGAGGAAACCCGGCGGAGGUUCUCCGCUUCCCCACUUUCUGUUUCAGUAACCUGGAGUGACUCUUUCCUGCCGACUCACUCAUGUUAACCUGUAGAGUCGAUGCGGCCCGGAGCCGCUGGUCCACGGCGAGAUGUCUCCUCUAACCUCUUCAUGUUCCGACCCAAAGGUUUCUCCUUCCCGCUCUGUUUGUAAAAUAACGUUUCGAUCUGAUUUCCUGGACUCAAACUGACCCACUGUGCUAAAAACCAACCCCAGCGUCCCGACUGGAGCUCAUUCAUCUGCCUUUCAGUUCCUUCAGUUUCAUUUUGUGACGUGUUUUUGUGGAAGAGUUGGGAGUCAGAAGUCGCAGGAGGAAAUCAGUGUUACAGAGAAUCGAGUAUUUAGACGGCAUGUUUGCAUCGUAUAUCGAGAUCGUUCAGCAUAUCUAAUCCAUAAUCCCUGGAUGCAGAAGAUUUAAAUCAGUGUUUGUUGGUACCUUUAGAAAGCACAGAAACAGGAAGUCGUUAAAAGUAGAACAUAUUAAAGGAGGAAGUCGUAUUAAAAGAGGGUCUGCUGUGCUCCUGUUUUAGUUUUUGCUGAAUUUUAAAGUGAGCUGUGUCAUUUGACACCAGGAUUAAUUCAGAGAGUUCACAGCCUUAAGUCUGGAAUGGAUCUGCAAAUAUCUGCAAUUUGACACCAGCCUCGUGGUCCUCCAAUUCUCAUUGUCAACAGCGUCUUGUAAUUUGACAUCAGCCUCAUUGCCUCGAAAAUAUGAUCAGUUUCCUGAAGAGGGAUGACUUAAAUGUUACGAUUUAAUGCUUAAUCUGAAUAUUUAAUCCACUAAGAUCAGAACUAGAUGAAGAGUUUUGUCAGUUUAGUGUGAAAACGAGGCUCAGCGGGCCGCUUUUAAUCCGACUUCUGGUUUUCCUUCCGUUUGUAAACCCUUUAAAGUGAGAGCUGAGCGUGGAUCCUCUGGUUCCGGUUCCUUCCAUCUGGGGAGCAAAGCGGGGGGGAUGAGGUUCGAGAGGCUGGCUGUAUAUGCUGUAAUUUAUUCAAGUUAUUUUGAUAUUUUUUAACAGUUGUAAAAAGUAUUUUGCCGUUUGUGUCCCGUCUACACGCAUCCUGCUACCGUCUCCUUUCUGUGUGGAGAAACUGCACCUCUGCCUUUAAAGAUGAGUUUUGUUUGUUUUAAUAAAAUCCUAAUAUCCUAAGAUCCGUCUCACU